CAUUCAAAGAGGGAUGAACUCUAACGGACGCGAUUAUCCUGAAAGGGAAGUUAAUUCUCAAGAGGAGUAGUUGGUUAUCACUGAUCAAAUUGGUCCGAGCUAGUAUGAAUUCUGGUAUAAAUUAUAUCGGAAGUCCAAAACUGAGCCCUUCGGAGCCUCUCGCACAACCUUGCUAAACCUUUGCUGGUCAAAGAUCAAAGCCGCCCUCUCCCAGCCUUCUACCUGCGUAUUAUUGACUCCCGUGCCCCGAGCCGCAACGUCCCCCUCCCCUACAAUCGAAAUACCACGAACGUCACUAUCAGUGGUCCUAUUGUUAUCGGCAGUUCAUAAUGCAUAUCUCAAUAAUCAUCUCCCUCCUCCUCGGCCUUGUUCCAGUCAUAUGGGCAGCACCUCAACCAGUAAAGGCGGACCGCGGAUCGGUUGCCUUUCAAGGAAUUCAAACUCGAAACAACGUUCACAAAGGGACAACAGAGGCGCCUCUGAAAUUCACAGUCACGUUCUCAAAGAAAGCAGCCUACGGGGACGUUGUAAAAGUAAGAGGCCCGAAACCGAACGAGGCGAAGAUCUUGAAACAAUUAGUUGGUAGUAUUUUCGCAAUGGAGGUUGUAAAAGCAGCACUGGGCAUAGUCCAAGCAACGGUGGGGGGUAAUCCCUUAAUUGGCGAUGACACCCUUGUUGGCGACGAUGACGGUCAGAUUUUAUUCGAUAUCAAAGGCGAUCCAAACAUCAAGGAGUGCAUUCAUGGGGUCAUGUGGACGCACGAGUCCAAGAUACGCAGUUUCAAAAUUGCUAGAAGAUAUUCACUGCCGAUUCAGUAUCUUGCUCCAGAUGUCAAGCCUUUCGAAAUGUUUCGUACCUGGCCUAUGCCAGAGAAUAUGCCACAAUCUUCUUCCUAGUAAAUGUAUGUAGCAAAGUUUCAUGACCCCAAGAACUAAGAUGUACUGAAUGAUAAGAUUG